UCCUGAACCAUGGGGAUAGACGCAGAACACGGAUACACGGGAACGUUAUAAGAAAAGUGAUUAUAACUCUUCCAGUUAGUUUACUCGAAUAGCCCAAGCUCGUAAAUGACAAGUACGUCUUUUAGCAGUUCUACAUUAGUUUUAGAUUAUACUGUUCUGAAUGCAAACCAAUCAGAUAAUGCUGCCUUGGAAGAAGAACAAGUUCGAUCUGAUCGAGGACGAUAAGCAGUCGAAGCAGAAGGGCUAUGCAGUGAGUUUGAACUACUCCGCACUGACCUCCUUCGCCAAGUCCUGCCCGGAGAGUGCAUUGAACAGGGUAGGAAGCAUGUUCAAGUCGAAAAGGAAAAAGGUGAAGAUAACCAGCGAGGACCCCACUUACACGGUCCUCUAUCUGGGAAAUGCUACGACCAUCCAGUCCAAAGGAGAGGGCUGCACGGACGUGGCCGUGAGCAAGAUCUGGGGUAAGAGCGAGAUGGGCAAGAAUGGCACCAAAAUGAAACUGACCAUCAGCUCGCAGGGCAUCCGGAUGGUACACGUAGAUGACAAGGCGAGGCGACCUGGACACUUGUAUUUAUUGCAUCGAAUCACCUACUGUGUUGCCGACCCCCGGCUACCCAAGAUCUUUGCGUGGAUAUACAGGCAUGAGAUGAAGCACAAAGCUGUGAUGCUGAGGUGUCACGCCGUGCUGGUGUCCAAACCCGAAAAGGCAAAGGCCAUGGCACUGCUCCUGUACCAGACCUCAUCCACGGCCCUCGCAGAAUUCAAAAGACUUAAACGAAGGGACGAUGCCAGGCAUCAGCAACAACAGCUGAUAGGCGAGCAAACUAUUCCACUUGUGCCCCUGCGAAAGCUUCUGAAUGGACAGUGUUACUACAAGCCUCCCGUGGAGCGCAGCAGGAGCGCACCCAAACUUGGGUCGAUAACGGAGGACUUGAUCGGGGAGGAAGAGGAGGAGAAGUCCAUGCACUUUGAGUGCGAGGAUAUACUGGAUUCAGACACUUGCAAUGGAAAACAGGAGCUGUCCCAGAUCAUCAACGACCUGGGAGAGAUGAGUAUCGGAAACGAUGUGCAGACUCUAAAAUCGGACUUGCGGGUUACCCGUUUGCUGUCGGGCGAGAGCACGGGGAGCGAGUCGUCAAUAGAAAGCAACCAAGAAGCAAUCACGCUCACCAAUGGCUUCAACGAAGGGAAAAUGCUGGAGAUUGGUUGAGGGGAAACUGCUCUUGGCCAAAAUGGACUGCUACAUUUGAUUUCCUGUGAUCUCAUGUUCAUUCGACACUGUGCUGUUUGAAGGAGCCGUGUAUGCCUGUAGUAUUGUGCCUCCUCGUCCAUCUGACUUGAAAGGAUUUGAGUUUUGUUUAGGAGUUGUGUGGAAUGUGGACAUGAACAGAAACCCAACACAAUUACCUUUUUUAUUGUUGUUUUGUGAAUGAGGCUUUCCUAUCACCACACAUAAUUUAUGCUGGCCCCCAUAUGAAUCAGAGAUGUCAAUAUUUUGAACUAAAGCUGUGUAGAAUUGGACAAGGACAACAGGAAAAAGUGCUACACCAAAAGUGACGUGUUAUGACUGACAGUUUGUCAGAUUACGACCGUGCCACUUUUCAUUUUCAUUUGUAAAAUCAAUUCCAACACUAUGUCCUUAAAAUCCUGACAAUGAUGAACACUAAGGUGCUUAGGCACCAAGCUUAUCCUCUCAGCCAGACCACGGUUUAAGAGGUGUUCACGUGAGCCUGUUUACCUAACAUGUUUUCCUGGGGAAAUGCUAUGUUGAAGAAAAGAAAGAAAAAAUCUGUCCUGAUUGGUGUUAGUGCGUUAAAACACUACUCUCAGAAGCAAGACAUGUAGGCUAAUCUCCUGACAGGACGUUCCAUUUUUGUUUCUUUUUCUGAAUUAUUUUUGCACUGUUGUGGAAUUCAACUGAGUAUUAUGUAUUCACUAUUUUGUACAUAGUGUGUUCUUUAAAUGUUCUCAUAAACAUACAUGCCAUUAUCUUUGCUGUGCAAAAGAAUAAAAACAAAGAUGUAUGAAGAUGUACAUAGUAAACAAAAUAUAGGCUAUUCAUCAUUUUUUUAAAGAAAGGCAAUGGUUUGUUUCUUUGAACUUCAGAAAAAACCUACCUACCAAUAAAAAACCCAAGGA